AUGGAACCAUGCCAUCCCACUUUGCACUCAAAGGCCCCCCUUAAUAAUGGCUCGGAGCCAAAUUCUCACUUUCGGUUUACAGGCUUACCAACAGAACUUCGUUGUUUGAUAUUAGAGCAUAUUCUGGACGACAUUGAUGAAGAGUCCGACCUCGAUGAGGAGUCUGACCUUGAUGAGGAGUCCAACGCCGCCGAGGAUCCGGAUGUCGAUGGCGCGGAUGAGGUACCCAACCUUGAUGAGGAAUCCAAUAUUGAUGAGGAGUCUUCUCCAAAGCCGAAGAUCGUCGAAAUCAUUGGAAAGCUCAAUGACAUGCUUAUGCAGACUCAUAAAAUGUCUGCGCUAUUAAACGGCAUGCUUGCGCUAGGCAUCAACGUAGGUGUGACGCACGACGUUAUAGCGCUAAACAAUGACUUGCUUGCGCGAACCAACGACUGGUAUGCGCGAGCUAACGACAUGUUUGCGCGAGCUAACAACACGAAUGCGGUGCCCGACAAUCUUGCCCCGGAAGUUGAGCUGGAAUACCCGCAAGCCAACAUGCUUGCGGAGCCCGAGCUGGUUCCGAAGCCUCAAAAGUUGUCAACUUUGGCGUGCGUGUCGAAGGAAUGGCAGCGAUUCUUCGAGGAGUACACGUUCAACAGCCUGGAUGUCACGUUUACCAAUUCUCCAGCUGAAAUUGAGGCUCUUGGAGAGAUGGUGAAGGGCUACCGCAGGACUUUUGUUGAAGAAAUUGUACUCAAUAUCGAGCUUCCGGGAAACUCUUCAGGCGACGUCCAGGUCGAGACCGAAAAGGAGAUUCGGAGGAACAAUGCUCUCUUCACGAUGGCCGUGUUUUCGCUCUUUAAAGUUUUGGCAAACUGGACCGGCCCAGAGCAUGACCAUGGUUUGGCGCUUCGUAUUAACGUCAUGUCCGCGGACGAUGUUGAAGACUGGCCCCCAAGGAUGCAAGGUAGCCUGCUAGAUUUCAAACUGAAAAAGCUGCCGCUAGUUCCUAUUGUGGAUGAGCUUUUGUGGAUAUUCCAUUCUGAAUCAACACGAAGCGCUUCAGCAAAUGCUAUGAGCAUCCUGCUCAAGAGCAUGAACCACCUGACAAGAGUGGUAUAUCACCCACAUUGCUCGCAACUCGGAGAAGACCAGUCUUUGCGAGACGACGCCUUUUUGGCCUUAUUCCAAAAACACAGGGGUUGGGUCAAACGCAUGGUGGUCAGAGAAUCCGCAUACCUCUUAGAGGAGGACAAUCCGUACACGGAGAAGAGGGAGGAUCUUGCACUCGCCUGUUUCCACGCGAGUCUCCAUCUCGAGUCCUUUAUUACAUCACGGGUAGUUGAUGCGUUCGACUUUUUCCGUUGCACGGGGGAUUUGGGAAUACCCAACGAGUCUCUCAGACAAGCCUGGCCUGAGCUGAACCAACUUGUUUUAUCUUGCAAUUUGUCAAAUUCAUCAUCUGACGAGGACAUGAUGGAUACCGUUCUUCUCGCAGCUGGAAAGGCCGCAAUGCGAAUGCCUAAAUUGGAGAAGAUGAUCAUAUGGUCAUGGGACGCAGAAAACUAUGUCGGAUUCUUUUUUGGGUAUGGUCUUCGCUGCAGUAAGCUAUAUCCAGCUUUCAUUGAUAUCCGGACAACAUGGAGGUCUGCACUCAAUCCAGAAGUUGUGAGAUGCUGGGAGGAUGCAGUGACGGGAAAUACGAGCUAUGAGCUCACCGUCCAACCACAGCGCCUUGACUGGCGGGAUAAGCACUUUGUCGAUGCGUUGCUCGAAAGUUUAGAGACAUCUAAUUCAAUCCUGUUUCCUUAA